UUCCAUCAUUCUACUACUCACAUGGCGACGGCGAUGGCCGUGGCGGGAGCAGCCUGCGCCUCCCGGCCGCCGCGCCCGCCGCGCCGGCGAGGGCACGCGCCGCCGCGCGCCGCGGCGGGGGCGGUGGAGAUACGGGUCUGCACGAACCGCACGUGCGCGCGGCAGGGCGGGCGCGAGGUGCUCGCGGCGCUCGAGGGGCUCUCGCCGCCCCCGCCGCGCGUCGACGUGGCUUCCUGCGGGUGCCUGGGCCGCUGCGGGGCCGGGCCCAACGUCGGCGCCUCCGUCCCGGGCCGCGGCAACGCCGUGUUCGCCCACGUGGGCACGGCGGCCCGCGCCGCGCGGCUCCUGGAGCACCUCCUCGGCGCCGCCGAGUUCGACGCGGCCGCGGGGCUCGCCGCGCUCGCCCUACGGGAGAAGGCCGAGGCCACCCUCGCCGACGGGAGAGCCGCCCAGGCGGAGGCCCUCUUCACCGAGAGCAUCGCAAUGGAUGCUCCUGGUGGGCUGCAUCUGGCCUACGGAGGCAGGUGUAAGGCGAGAAUAGUGGUUGGGGAUACCGCCGGCGCGCUCGCGGAUGCCGAGGAGGCGAUAAGGAUAGCUCCCAAAUUUCCUCAGUGUCACUUGUUGCGAGGGGACGCGCUGUUUGCAAUGGGAGAGUACCACUCCGCAGAGGAUGCAUAUGCACGUGCCUUGGAUCUUGACCCAUCUAUUCGUCGGUCCAAGUCUUUCAAGGCCCGCUUGGAAAAACUACGGGAGAAGCUUGUCAGUGUCAGCACUUCAUCAUAGUUGGCACUGAAAACUGCACUUCUAAGAUCAGAUGAAAAGGUUCAUCCAGCAAGAAAUGUAUGUAUAGCUUGUGGGUUCAUCAGUCUAUAUAAAUUCUCAACGCAACCUCUGCAAGUGUCAUAUGUAGCUAGCUUUGCUCGUUCAUUUUAACAUUAUGCAGUGUACAAUGAUCUUCCUUUGACUCCUUAGAAGAAGAGAGACGGUGUGUUGACCAUCAUUGUUGUGCCCAUGUAGUUUUGAAUUCGACAUAUCCUAUUUGAAAUAAAUAUAACAAAUUCAGAUGUA